AGAUCAAAUUCCCCCUUGUCGUCUGAGGGCUGCUCCGGUCAAGGGUUUGCUCCCGCCACCAAAAUUUCACUUCCCCAGCCCUUCCGCACGGCCGCGGCGGAGGCACCGGCUCGCGAGCGUCCCCGGCGAUCGUGAGGGGCCACCGGCUUGCUCCUCGCUAGGUCAACAAUGCCGCUCGCCGCCACCCAAGAGGGACAAGCGUCGGUGUCCAGAGCCCCCGCGCGCCGCCGCGGCCGCUGCUCCACCGCAGCCGCCGCCGCUGCGCUCCGGCGCGGCCGCAGCUCCACCGCAACCGCCGCCGCUGCGCCCCGCCGCGGCCGCAGCUCCGCCACAGCCGCCGCCGCUGCCGCCAUGCCCGCGACGACGGCCCGGUCGAUGGCGCUGGUGCGUACGCGGCGGCAGUCCUCGGGCUCCCAAUCGGCACAGCGAAAGAAGAGAAAGAGAAGGGCGGGUUCGAACCAGAGAUCAAGCAAACGGAAGAGAACCAGCGAGGACGAGGAAAGAGAGGAGGAGGUCUCAUCUGCAGGCAGCUCCCCGAUUCGCGUUCCGCACAUUCCCGAUGAGGUGUAUCGGAGAUUUGACGAUCCUGAUACAUGGAAAACCAUUCAGAAAGCACAGGCGGACUACGACGCAAAAUUAGCUCGCCGUAUGACAUAUCCCACGCUUAAUGUGCACAUGAUCAGAGCUUCUAUGUGCGUGCUUGAUGAUCCAGAGCUUGUUCCGGACCAUGAAUCUGCAAGGAAGGCAGUGCUUCAUGCCGCUCAAUCUGUUGUUGGGAUUUCAUCCUCCGUAGGUGGUAAGCCGCUAGCACGUGGCUGUGGUUUCUGGAUUGAUUGGGACAAGAAGAAUAAAAUGGGAACUUUCUUGACAACUUCGCGCUUAAUUUGCACCGAAUCUCCAUCCUUUAACUGCUGGUUAGGACAAGAAGAGUAUGAUCUUGAUGCCGAGGUACUUGUUCACCUGCAGGGUGACAUCACUGAAAAGGCCCACCUGCAAUAUCUGCAGAAGCACUACGAUUUAGCCUUCUUCAGUGUUAAAGUAGAUCAGCCUGUUUAUAUACCCUCUUUCAAUGAUGGUGUGAAACGGGCGAACAAAGUUUUUGAGCUUGGCAGAGAUGAAAGUUCGUUUUUAAGGAUAAGCUAUGGUGUGGUGAAAUACUUGAACCCAAACUUAUUUGAACGAUAUCAUUAUAUGUUUGUUCAGGGUGCAGAUCCACAACCUGAGUAUGGCAAUGGUGGGCCGCUGAUUGACUUUGAUGGAAAAAUUGUGGGAAUGGUUAAUGGCAACACAAGAGGGUCGUUUAUACCAUCUUCCAUUUUAGUCAAGUGCCUGCAUCUAUGGAAGAAAUUUCAGCGCAUCCCUCGGCCUCACCUUGGAAUGAAGUUUUGGUCAAUCGAGUUUAUAGACCUUGCUCUUUCUGAGAAUAUAUUGCGCAUGUGCAAUAUUGAUGAUGGCCUUAUCGUUAAAGAGGUGUCAGAAGGAUCUCCUGCUGAGAAACUUGGGAUACGAGCUGGUGAUGUCAUUAAAUGUUUUAAUGGAGAGCGCAUCUCUACCACUGUUGAGUUAGAGAAUAUGUUGCUGAGCAAAUGCGAGGAUGAAAGUGACAAUCUUAAUUCUGAAGUGGAUGUCGAGCUUGAGGUAUUCCAUAUACGCAAGUUUCUCUGGAGAAACAGAACAUUGACUGUAAAUGUGUCUGAUGAUGGUGAAGUUGUUGACCCAGGAGUUCGUUACCCUUUUGGAAAAGGGACCUCAAUUUCCUCCGUGUCACCAAGUGAGCCCAGUGAAAAGCCAGGAUCAAUACCGUGCCACUUGACCGAGCAAGACCGAGGGAGACACCAUGGUUGAUACCGAGUCACCUGCUUACUGCUAAUGGUGGUUUUAGGGUGAAGGACGAGUGUGAAACCGUCCAAGCUUCUGCUAAAUGAAUAAUUCAUGUUGCAUGAAUAUGAGAACUGUCAUAUGUGAGCUCUGGUCAACCUGCACGUUGGGGAUUUAUCGUACCUUUAACCUGUCUCUCAUCUGGAAAGAAACUUGUCUCGUCUAGCAAUGCUACUAGUUAUUCUUGUCUCGUUUAGCAAUGCUACUAGUUAUUCGAGUGAGUGUAAUAUACAUAUAUACAGAUCUGUCGCCUGGUUUGAUGCUUAAUUUUGUAAUACUCUUCGAAGCGA